GUAGCGACAGCAAAUACAGCAGAAGCUCUUUGAAAGCAGUGCAGUAGCUCUGAUACAGUAGCUUUGUAUUUAUACACGCUUUAUUUAUUCCACUUACAUGACACAUUUAAGGGGGACUUCGUUAAAGAGGACAAUAUUUUCAUUGAAUCUAGGCGAAGAGUUUUUUCAAAAGAAAUGCCUGUUUUGUGGAGGAGGAGAAAUUUCUUUUGAUAGUCUUUGAUUUCAGAAACUUUGCACAACCCUUCUUUUCAAAUUUUACUUUGCUUUAAAGAAUAUCCUUUUUUUCACUCAUAACAACUGUAUCCACCCAACUUUCAAAGAGUUCAAUUUCCAGUUGUCAAGAAGGAUUAUGUUGUUCUGUUUUGUGGACUUACAGACUUGUGACUUAGCUGCGUGAAUCCAACACCUGGACUAAGCUGUAGCCGACCUCCUGCUCCUUGUUUUCUUUGUUCUUGUUUCACGGAGUCUCAUUCAGAGGAAUUCCCUCGUUUGAUCGCGCUUGCCAUGCUGGAGCAACUGCAUUGUGUCCGCAUUGACUGUGCCCCUCUCAGGCCUCCGCCAAUCAGCAGGAACAUGGAUGAAAGAGCCAUACGGUUUGAGUUAGAGCGCCAGGCCUGUCAGAGUCUCAGACAAGUUCUCCAGCUGAAGCUACAGCAGAGAAGGUCCAGAGAGGAGUUGGUCAACCAGGGGAUCAUGCCGCCACUGAAAAGUUCCGCUGCCUUCCACGAGCACAGACGGAGCUUGGAACGAGCACGGACCGAGGACUAUCUCAAGAGGAAGAUCAGGAGUCGACCGGAGCGAUCUGAACUGAUCAGGAUGCACAUCCUGGAGGAGACGUCAGCAGAGCCGUCACUUCAGGCCAAACAGCUGCAGCUGAAGAGAGCUCGCCUUGCUGAUGAUUUGAACGAUAAGAUCUCCCACCGGCCGGGGCCCAUGGAGCUUAUCCACAAAAACAUCCUACCUGUUCACAACAGUAUUAAACAGGCUAUCAUUGAGACACAAUUUACAAAGCUUUCAGGCGACAACUCGUCAUGUGAUGAGGACAGCAAUUACAGUCUGUCUCCAGAACAGCCGGUAAGCCAGGAGUCUCCUCUGGGCCUGGUACCUGUGCCCUCUCCACCAGAGACGCUGGCUGGAAGCAGUGUUCCAUCUCCUACACAGGUUCCUCCCUCUGUUCCUCCUCUCCCACCAAUCUCUGGAUCGUCCCCCUCACUGAAGCUGACCAAUGGGAUAGCAGCACCAUUUGCCCAGAGGACAGGUGCAACCUUACAGAUCAAGUCCCAGCCUAAACCGAACUCUGACCGCUCCAAUCAGAGACACAAGAAACCUAAGGACAACAAGCCAAAGAUUAAAAAGUUAAAGUACCAUCAGUACAUCCCUCCUGACCAGAAGGGAGAUAAAGAGCCUCCUCCCCAUCUGGACUCAUCUUAUGCCAAGAUCCUCCACCAGCAGCAGCUCUUCUUGCAGCUCCAGAUCCUCAGUCAGCAGCAGCAGCACUACAACUACCACACCAUCCUUCCUGCACCACCCAAACCUCAGACAGAUCAGCAGCCAUCUUCCUCUUCCUCCUCCAGUUCCACAGCCACCUCCACUCCACCUCGACCUGCCCCUUCAACGGCCCCCCCUAACCUGGGCAGUCACAGCCGUCAGAGCACUGCUCCUUUAGGUGGAACAAAACCAGCGUCUCUACCUCCAAACCUGGAUGAAAUGAAGGUUGCGGAACUGAAGUCCGAGUUGAAACUGCGCAGCUUGCCAGUCUCCGGCACCAAAAAUGACCUCAUUGAGAGGCUGAGGACCUACCAGGAGCUGAAUGGAGUCCGUGACACUACCUCCUCUCCAACAGCAGGGGGUACCACAGGGCCAGGGGCUGAAGGAGCAGGAAAAUCCUCCAAUACCGCUGCAACCACCAACAACAUUACAUCACAGCAACAAUUUCAGUGCCAUCAGACAUCCUCUAUGACUGCUGGUGCAGGUAGCAGUGCCACCCCAGCUGCUGCCACUCCUCAGCAGCUCAUGUCCAACCCAAUCGUUUCGCUCCCCCCCUUUGACUGCUUGCCGGCUGCCAUGAGCCCAGAAGAUACCAGCUUUAACAGCGACCCAUUGGGGGAAAUGAUGAGUUCCCCGCUCACCCAGCUGAGCCUUCAACCGCAUCCCACUGCUCAGCUUGCAAAGAACAUUAAAGAAGAGCCGAACUGCUCCACGCCAGCACCCUGUCAGUUCUCUUUAAAGCCAGCCUCUCUGCAGAAACAUUGCCCGGUCUCAUCAGCUGCCCCCAACACUACAACCACAGCCCCAGUAGUGGCAAUGGACAAAGACAAGAUGCUGCAGGAGAAGGACAAGCAGAUAGAGGAGUUGACCAGGAUGCUAAUGCAGAAACAGAGACUGGUGGAUGUGCUGAGGAUGCAGCUGGAGCAUGGGAAGAGAGGGGGGCGACUUCCAGAGCCGCUGGUUCUUUUAAGAGUUAAACAAGAACCUCCUGAUAAGCCCAGUGCCCCUCUUUCCUUUGGCCCUCCACCAGUCUCCCCUCAGCCUUCAUCCGUUUCAUGUGAGAUGGAUGUUGCCAAUGUAACUGUCAAACAGGAAGCCAUCGAGGCAGAGGAAGUUGUGUCUGAGACAACUACCCCAUUAUCAGACGCUCAUGGAUUACCGCAGACCCAAACUCAGGAGGUGCAGGAGCAGAUUCAGCACCAGAUCAAGCAGAUGAACACACAGACAAAACAACAACAGCACAUAUGCCUCCAGCAAACCGCUCUGCAGUUGGCCCAGCAACAGGCCAUACAGACAUUUUUGCUUCAGCAACAGCACAACACUCAGACCCAGCAGCAGACAAUUCAGAACCGUGGUCUGACGCUGGAGACUCAGCAGAACCUCCAGAAACUGUCUCAGCAGAGAAAGAAGAAGUCUCACAAACAGCAGCUGAAACUGCAGCAGCAACUGUUGCAGUCACAGCAGCAGCAGCAGCAUCAACAACAGUCCAAACAACACCAACAGCAGAUGCAGCUGAAGCAACAGAUUCUACUGAAGCAACAAAAAUCAUAUUUACAGCAGCAAAAUAAGCAGCAGCAGCAGACUAAACAACUGCAACAAAUCCAGAUACAGACCAAGAUACGUCUGAAGCAACAACAGAUGCUAACACAGCAGAAACAACAGGCGCAGCCGCAGUCACCGCAGAUGUCUCAAGCGGACCUCAACCAGCAGUCAGGGUCAGGCUCUUCUUUCCCACUGGAUCUCCUUAAGAGUAACACCACCCCGACUCUGGUCACCGACAGCAACGGUAACCACUUCCUGAUUGCACUGACCAGUCACACCACUGAGAAUCAAAGAAUCGAUGCACCUGAGAGCAAAGCAACCAAUCACAUCGCGCUGCAGCGACUACAGUCCACUCCAGCCAAGCUUCCUGGCCACCACCCUGUUAAGCUGCCUAAAGCUGAUAAUCAAACCAAAAAGAGCAUGCACAUGGGAUUUCUGAAACAACAAAAGACAAAGCCACAGAAUGGGGGACUUCAGGUAUCUGUAGCCCAGCCUCAGCAGGAAUUUGCUCAUUGUUUGUCAGCACCUCCCAGUCUGCAGCCUUUCUUCAAGGACCAGGAGACGGCUUCCUCAGGGAAAAACACCUCAUCACCUCCCUCUCAAAUCGAGGUGCGCCCCAGUCUGGAUGUCUUGUUUAGUCCUCUGUCUCCAGCUUCCAUUAAGACAGCUGCCUCAUCACCUGAUAACAAAGAUACAGAGCAUCAAGAUUUUAUUGACAUCAUUUUUCAGACAGGAGAAAUGUCGACCAACUUCAAACCAGCGCCAGACGCUUCUCUGGACCGUCUAAAUCCACACUCCUCUGCCUCUUCCCCUCCUUCGUCCCCACUCCAGCUGUUGCUAUCACCACCCAUCCCACCCAGCUGCGACACGCCACAGUCGGCCUCCUCGGUGCGGUGUGAGCUUCAGACUCUGGCCGACACCACAGAAGAGAAACAGCACGUCAGUAACUCAGUGAAUGGACGCCUGGAGGACUUUCUAGAAAGCACCACCGGUAAGCCUCUCCUGGGGGUGGAGCCUGGUGGCCUGUUGACUUUGAUUGAUGACCUCCACAGUCAAAUGUUGUGCACUCCCAGUAUCCUGAACCAUCCCUCAUCUCCCAUGGAUACCUUCGACAUGGCAGCGGAUGUGGAGCAAGGGCUUGACGGUAUGGAUUGGUUGGACCUUACCAUGGGAGGAGACAGGGGAGAGGUUACCCCCACGCUGGCCCCGCUGGCUCCCCAGACACCCCCUAGUGUGUUUUCCACGGACUUCCUGGACACUUACGACUUGCAGAUACACUGGGACUCCUGCCUAUAGCUUAUAGCAGCCGGAAAACAAAGGUCCAGUUACACAUUUACACACACACACAACAACAUGUAAUUGAUAGCUGAGGCUUCAGUAUUUGAUUAGAGCACUUCUCACAUGCUGGUAUAUUGGAUCUUCAAGCAGGUUGACCUUUAUUUAUUUAAUUUACACACUGUAAUAUAGAUUCUUGUGAAGACACUUAUUAGGCAGGUCCUAUAUCUUUCCUUGCUUCUUUAUCAACAGUGUGUUACAGUGGAGGAGUACUAUAUUCAGUUUCUUUGACAUUUGUCCAAUCAGAGUGCAAAUCCUUAGUUGCCUUUUGCAGUAAAGAUAAACAAUAGUUUACCACUACAGGAAAAGGUGCAGCUAGUCAAUAACCAAAGUUAAUGAUUUUCUAGCAGUAUAAUAGUUUGUAGGGUGGAGUAGAGGUUCCAAUGCUAAAUGGCCAUAAUUUAGAAAUAUGUUGUAAUUUGAAGCGGCACUUUACUGAAUCUCAUGUGUUUUUCGUGUCAAUCACAUCUCCACGUUUUAGACGUGUUGUUGGUUGUUGUGCGGGUUACAGCACUGAGAGUUGCAGUUUGAAUCAAUAUUUCUAUUGAUGGAUGUUACUUUACAUAUAUACAACAGGCCCCAACCAAUGCUUUGGAACUUUUUAUUUAAUUUAUAUUCUCUCUUAGUGCUGAAGAAAUACAUCUGUUGUACACAUUUUUUUUAACUGUAAUGGUGGUUUCCUUGUGUCUGGAAUCCAAUAUCUGCCAACAAAAUACAAGAAUGUAUGACAUUUCUGAAGGAAAGUCAAAAUUUGUACCUACUAAUUGAAAAUUUAGAGAUUCUAACUCAAUAUUAUGACGUACAGUGUUAAUACUAUGAGAUUUUCACACCAGUGUUGCAGUACAGUAACAUUACACAAUAGGUUGUCAUCAUCAUAAGUCAGGUAAAGAAACCCUGAUGUUGCACAAAACUUCCUUGAGAUUCAGGCUUUAGCUUAACUGAAGGUUAUAGUUAUCUCAUGUUUAAGAAACAUCUCACACCCUUUCUUUGGGAAAGAAAAAGUAUUGAGCACUUUGUGAAUGUUGCAUAUAUGCUGUAUACUCAAGCUGCUGCGGUAACAGUGAUAGAACAGCACACCAUUGUGCUGUGUUAGAAGGUAUAAAAGCUUAUUAGUUUUACUAAUUUCAGGUAACUAUAUAAGAUAAAAAGCAUGACGUAAAAAAGAAAACUUUACUUAUUUGAGGAUGUGUUCGAAGAUAUUGUGAUACACAACCCAACUUCUUCUAAUCAAAUAAGGGUAUUAUUAAGGAAAAACUUAACUUUGUCCAAUUUAUUUUGGACAAUGAGUUAUUUAUUGAUAUUUAAUAUUUUUGCAUAUUCAGAAUGUUGUGCAUUUUUUAAUGUACUUUGAAUAUGUCACAUUCAAAGCCCAGUGUCUUAAUAUUCUGAUUGACAUAAUGCAACUUUAUAGCAUGUACAUACCAAAAAUCUAAACACAUUUUGUGUUUAUAUUUCAUGUGUGAAUGUUUUUGGUCUUCAAUCUUCUGAAUAUAAACAUAUGGCAUAUACUGUAUUAACGCAUUACUGCAUCUUACAUGAACUACACAACUUUUUGUAAGCUCUACUCCUGUGCUCACAAUGCUUCAUGUUUAAAUACAGUACGAUACCAACAGGUUUUUGGGGUCAUUUUGGACACUUUACUGUUGUUCACUCCCUUUCUGUUUGCACUUGUUCUAGUGAAUAACUACACAUUAUAUAAAAGGAAAGGGACACUUUAUAGAUUCUUGACACAAUUCAGUAGGGCCUUAUUCAUAGGGAUUUUUGCAGUAAUUUGGUUGGUGAUCUUAUUGGUUAUAUUUUGCUGUCCUGUACUGUAUCAGUACUUUUGUCAAUAGGGACAAGUCCUUUCCCUCUUUGAGAUUUUACAGUGCUGUCAUUUACCAGUUCAUACACUGAAAGUGUAUUAUAACACACAUUUGUUAAUAUAGUUUUUCCAUUUAUAGCUGUGGAACACUCUAGUUAUACCAGUUUGUGUAUACUGUGACUUAUUCUGACAAAAUGUCUGUAUUGUGAAUCCAAAACCUCUCUGGAGAAAACCUUGGAGACUUGCAAACACAAACACACGCAAGGUAAUUUCUGAUUCACACCAUCUUUUGAAUUUAUCAUUUUAUGCUUUUAUGCAUUUGUCACCACAAACACACUGCACCAUAUUGUACAUUUGUAAUCAUAUUCUCACUUUCUGUUUGAUGGGUUUGAAUACCUGAAAUUGUGGUCGGCCUCUGAGUGAGUUUAUAUCAAAUUACAAAUCAGCAUUAAACAAGAAGGCAAUUAUGUACAUUCAACAAAUCAAAAAACUUCGUUUCUGUUUUGUUAUUCUGUUCAAAAUUAAAUUCAGAAGACUUUGGAUAGUUAAGUGGUAGCCACAUUGUGUGCCAUUUGCAGGUUUUACUGGUGAUUGCCUUAUUUGAUGGGGAUGCAAAAUGGUGCAACUGAAUUUUUUUGCAUUAUUUUUCUGAAAGAUGUAUGAUUCACACUGCUGAAUAGUGGUUGCUUCAGGUUUUAUUGUUUGUCCAGUACAGCCUCCUUGAUUUACUGAGUUUCUGAUUCUAGUGAAGUUAAUAGUAAAAAUCAUGCUACAAGGGAGUAUUAAGUAAAUAGUCAGAUGGUGUAUGCCAAACCUAGGCUAAAUACUGCAAACUAUGUUAUAUUAAAUGGUUUCACGUGCAUGAUUUACUCACCUGUCAUUUGGCUUUUCCAAGGAUUUUAAGUGCCUGGCAUGAUGUAUCAAACACACUUCAACCCUGUCAAACUUUCAAAUAAGGAAGUCUGUUUUUUUUGCUGUAGUGUUCCUGUAAGUGUUGAGCCACCUUGUGUAAAUUAUUGUGUUACAUUAGGAAAAAGUCAUUGGAAAUUAGGGGCAAAGCUUUUUGCGUACUGUAUUUGUAAGUAUUUGUUUUU